CUUACGCCACAGUACUUUCAUUGGGUCAAAGUUUGCUUUUACCUAUCCGACGAAGAAAUCAUCAACCGCAUCGGCUACGAUGCCCUCGUCUUUUUGCGUUUUCACCGCUUGGCCUUGCGCUGCAUUGUCAAAAUGUCGGUCUUUUCCUUCAUUGUCCUUUUACCAUUGAACUUUACCGGCGGUGGGCACGCCAACGCCCAAGAUUUGAAGGAGUAUGUGGGGUCCCUCUUUUUUACAGACUUUCUGCGCUUUACCAUGGCCAACGUACAGUCUGGUUCUCCAAGACUUUGGGUCCACUGCUUUGCCGCCUAUUUGUUGACGGGAAUUGUGGUUCGUGAACUACUCAUUGAAUACGAGCAUUUUGCCCUGAUUCGGCACCGUUAUCUUUUAUCGAGUGAACCGCAUUUACGAACCGUUUUGGUCACCAACAUUCCACGCCAUCUGCGAUCCGCCAGCAAGAUAACUUCCUAUUUCCGACACGUCUACCCGGACGCCGUCAAGUCCGUCUUUUUGUGCCAAAAUUUGAUUCAACUGGAAAAAAUGGUACAAGCGCGGACCACGCUAUUGUCCAAUAUCGAAACCGAGUUGCUCGUGCUGUGUCGUACGGAGAAAAAGAAACUGUACGAACAGUCGUAUCUCCGUCGCUCCAUUCUAACGUUUCGUUUGAGGUAUUGCAGUGCCGAAGACGGCACACAGGAACGCCUGGCCGACUACUACUCACAACUCGAAACCCUGAACGAAGAAAUUGAAAAGGAGCAACGCCGGAGACUGACGGACAAAGCUUUCGUGGUGAUGCGAACAUACACAGCAGCAACAAUUGCCAUUCAGUCCAUGCAUUCAUCCAAGCCCGGAGCGAUGCAUGUCGUGACAGCCCCGGAACCGAGAGACAUUUUGUGGUACAACAUAUAUAUGUCGAAAGGGGCACAGCGAACUCGAUCGUAUAUGGGAGAGUUUCUGGUGCUGCUAUUAAUUUCGUUCUAUGCGAUUCCGGUUGCACUUAUCUCUUUGUUGGUCAGUGAAAAUGCUUUGAUUUCUAAUUCGCCAAGGCUGGCCCAGUUGGAUCAGGCGUCGACGUUCUUUUCGGCAGCGAUCACUUUGGUUCAACCGUUGUGUAUCGUGGGAUUACAGCAGCUCUUACCGCCUCUAUUCAUGGUGAUCGGAAGAGCGGAAGGAAGAAUUGCGUUUAGUGAUGCACAAAUGCAAGCCUUCUCGCGCUACUUUUUGUUUCAAGUUUUGAAUGUCUUUUUGGUGACGACCAUUGCUGGAUCGAUCUUCGAUACCGUUGCAAUUAUUAUUGAAAAUCCUGAGUCAGCCUUUGAAAUGCUAGGAAAUUCAUUGCCGCGAAUGUCAUCGUUCUUCAUCACGUUCGUGACGGUCAAGACGUUCCUGGCUCUGGGUUUAGAGCUCGUUCGGUGUGUCUCGCUAAUU